AUGUCAGCCUCUGAUUCAUCGCCUGAAGAAAAGAUGGACAGCCGCUAUAGCACUCCAGCCCCAGAGCUGGACGACCACCGAAGCAAUUUGGGUGUCCAUCCCGCACAUGUUGCCCUGGCCCUGCCCACGGUUGAGCUACAAGUUCCCACGCCAAGGCCAAGCGCUAUCGAAGAACGGGAUCUGAUAUCUGUUGACAAUGCACUGCUGAAGACACGCGAACAGGAGAGGCACCCCAUCACUCGAGACUUUGAGAACGCCAUCGAAGAUGAUGACAAGAGCGAUGUGGAAUUCGAUGGUCCACAAAGCAGUCUCAGACGCCCAUCCCUUCAUACGAGGAGAUUUACGAACAAUCGGGAGGGUCGUACUCGUCUUCCAAGAAAUGACCGUUCACGGGAGAGCUCGUCCUCCCGAUCAACGUCACCAGCCAACUCCAUUGAAGCCUUCGCCGAGCCACGUCGACGACAACGCGCCAACACUGCUGAAAGCCAUGCGUCCUCAGCCCUAGAGGCUUUCCGUAAUCGCGCCUACUCGAAUGGCACCAACCAAAGACGCCCAACCCUGAGUAACAUCAGCAUUCCUCCUGCUCUUACCCAGCGGACGGACAAGGACCUCAGCGAGGAUGUGACCUUCCCCACCGACGAGGAACCUGGAAAGACAUAUAAGAUUGAUUUUGAGGAACUCGAGGAAUUUGUCGCUCUCUGUGCACAAGGCAAGAUUCCGGACGACCAGGUAACCGAGGCUUCGACUGACAGCCGGGCCUUUGUGGAUCUCCGGAACCAACAUGGCGGCCACGCCGAAGCACCCAAUGCCAUCCUCAACGGCGAAUGUUUUUAUGAGAAACCGAUUACGCAGCACGAUUCGAACAACGGUCAAUCCUCAUCGGAAGAGGAGGUCAUAAUCAGACCAAGGCAUGCUCCUCCAGAGCCCAUCGACAGAUUCUUCUUGUUUACCUCUGAAUUGACCCAAGGCCAACGUGCCAAGAAAUUGGGUGAUUUGGUUGCCGAUGGUACCACGUUCCGUGAUCUUUUCGAGGUCGGACCUGAUGGUGGUGUUUGGUGGCUAGACGUUCUCAACCCCACCAGAGCCGAGCUCGCUGUCCUUUGCAGGGCCUUCAAGAUCCAUCGCCUCACCCAGGAAGAUAUCGAGACCCAAGAGGCUCGCGAGAAGGUGGAGUUGUUUUCACAGUACUACUUUGUCUGUUUCAGGUCAUUCAACAUGGUCCGGGGCCACGAAGACUUUCUCGAUCCAAUUCACGUCUAUAUCGUCGUCUGCGGUGAUGGAGUUCUGAGCUUCAGCUACAGCCCACACCCACACCCGAAGAACGUGCGCAAGCGCAUCGCCAAGCUUGGUGACUUCCUUUCCCUUGGUCCGGAUUACAUCUGUUACGCCAUGAUUGACGAUAUUGUUGACUCCUUUGCGCCCAUCAUUCGCGAUGCGGAGCAAGAAUCCGAGAACAUUGAGGACCAAGUAUUUAUCGCUCGGGAGGACGACUUCUUGGCUCUUCUGCGGCAGAUUGGUGAAUGCCGUAAGCGCGUUCUUAACAUGAUGCGGUUGUUGGGUGGCAAGGCAGACGUCAUCAAGGGUUUUGCAAAGCGCUGCAACGACCAAUACCAGAUGACGCCUCGUGGUGAUAUUGGACUGUACCUGGGCGAUAUCCAAGAUCACGUCGUGACGAUGAUGUCGAACUUGGGGCACGUGGAGAAGAUGCUCUCCCGCUCGCACGCAAAUUACCUAGCCCAGCUCAAUGUGGACAACAUCUUAAAGGGCAACCACACCAACAAGAAUUUGGCAAAGAUUACGGUUUUGGCGACCAUCCUAGUGCCCAUGAACCUCAUCACAGGUCUCUUUGGCAUGAACGUCAAUGUCCCUGGCAAAAAUACCGAGGGUCUGUAUUGGUUCUUUGGCAUCCUUGGGGGUAUCGGCGUGUUUGUUAUGAUGUGUCUGCUUCUUGCAAGAAGACUACGGGCCAUCUAA